AUGUGCCAACUCUCCCCAAUUAGUCCAACGCUUCUCUCUCGGAUCAUAAGACAACACAGCGCCAGCGUCUGCCGCCCCGCCACGCAAUGCGCCCAGCUCCUGCGGCCCAGGGGCCACACCCUGCUCUUCCGCCUCUACUCCGUCAAGACGCCGCCGCCGCCGCCGUCGUCGUCGCGGCUCUCCAAAGCCGCCGCCGAGGCCGUCUCCAAGCGACAAGCCGGCGCUGCGGUCGCAAAGGCCAAGGUGAACCUUGAGAUCCCGGAGCGCCUGCUCAUCUACCACGCCGGCACGGGCCGCACCACCUUCCUGGCCAUGCUCAAGGUGACCACGCUCUUCGUCGGAGUCUUCUUCCUGUGCGUCGCCGUCCCCGGCUACGUCCAAGCCGACAAGCCCAUCGAGGAGACUGUCAAAAGUAAGCCCCCCCCCCCUUCCAACCCUACUCUUCGCAAACCUCAAAACUCACCCGCACCUUCAGUCGCGCUCUGCGGCGUCGUCCCCCUCCUCUUCGUCACGUACACCACCGCGCCCUUCGUCACGCACGUGCACGUGCACCUGCCCUCCGCCGCGCGCUCCUCGCACGCCGCCCUCGAGCGCUUCGUCGCGAGCGGCCCGCCGCCCGGGACGCGCCUCACGGCCACCACCGUCAGCGUCAUCGGCAAGCCGCGGUACAGCGCCCUGCGCGCCGGCGACCUGGUGUCCGCCGCGCGGCGCGACCGCCGCUUCGGCCUGGUCAACUACACGCGCGACGUCGCGGCGGAGAAUGCCACCCGCAGGUGGUACGAGCUGCCCGCCGUCCGCCGGUUUCACAUCCCGGAGAAUGCUCAGCAGGCGUCGGGGAGGAGGGGGCGCGGCGUUGCGCAGACGCGGGCAGGCAGGAACCUCGUGGAGCCGUGGAUAUGGGACGCCAUCAAGGAGGGCAUCGCGAAGAGAGCUGGCGAGCAGCCGGUGGCGCCGUGA